AUGGCGGAAACAGCGAAGGAGGUUCCCUUGAACUCGGUGCAAGUGGAGGCGUUGGUUGUCAUGAAGAUUGUGAAGGCUUGCGCUGCCUCUUUCCCAACGACUGCGACUGGAUCCAUUGUCGGCAUGGACGUUAAUGGCACCCUUCAGGUCACCAACAGCUUCCCAUUCCCGACUGCAGACAUCGCAGCCUCCGACUCGCACCCUAACGACCACAUGGCUGCUUCGAACAUUGCUGCCGCAGCGCCGAGAUCAAAGGCGAAUGCUACAUAUCAAAACGAGAUGAUCAAGUACCUGCGGGAGGUAAAUGUUGACGCCAAUAACAUUGGAUGGUACACGAGCGCAAAUAUGGGCAACUUCAUCAACACCAGCUUGAUUGAAAACCAGUUCUUCUACCAGAAGGAGGUCAACGAGCGAACAGUUGCGUUGGUUCACGAUGUUAGCAGAAGUUCUCAGGGUGCUUUGAGUCUGCGAGCCUUCAGACUGUCCCCAACCUUUAUGGCUGCUUACAAGGAGAGCAAGUUCACCGCAGAAAACAUGCAAAAAACCAAGCUCACCUACAAGGACGUCCUGGUUGAACUACCCAUCAUUGUCCACAACUCCCACCUUUUGACCUCUUUCUUGCACCAAAUGCCUGCUGAGCUCCCCAAAGAGGAACUUGACUUCCCGGCCAGUCUUGCAGACCUCAACGCCAACCCUCCCAAAAUCCCUCUCUACCCAAAUCUUGAUUCUCUCGAUCUCUCAAUCGACCCAUACCUGGAGAGAACUUGCGAUAUGCUUCUGGACAGUAUCGAAACGCACUACACCGAACUCAACAACUUCCAAUACUUCCAAAGACAACUCGCCCGUGAGCAAACAAAGAUCACCGCAUGGAAGGCCAAGCGUACUGCAGAGAACCAGGCUAGAGUCCAACAGAAGCUAGCACCAUUACCAGAGGAUGAGUGGGAAAGAUUGUUCAAGCUACCCGUAGAGCCGAGCAGAUUGGAGGGUAUGUUGAAUGCUAAACAGGUGGACCAAUACUCGAGACAAGUAGAUGGCUUUACCGCGAGCAUUACCAGCAAAAUGUUUGCCGUGAAGAGCAACCUGCUGCCAGAGUCAUCGUAG